AUGCUAAGGCAUUACUGUGCCUUGCAUGAGAACAGGGAGGCAACUGGAGGUGAACCCAGCCAAGCCACCAGAAAACAAGUGCUGGAUGAAGCCAUGGUCUCCAUGAUAGUGAAGGAUACACAGCCCUUCAGUAUUGUGGAGGAUGCUCUAAAGGCCAUGGUGGAUGUCAAAUACACCUCAGCAAAGGAGAAGGCCAAAGCUAUAGUGCAGAAAGUGGCUGCAGUAAGCCUUAUUUCUGAUAUGUGGACAUCCAUUAACGUGGAUGCCUACCUGGCAGUUACCUGCCAUUUUGUUGAUGAAAACACCCGUCUGCGUUCAGUAAUGUUAGGUGUACUGAAAUUCCCUCUCACACACACUGCUGAAAAUUUAGCGUGUGUGAAAGCCUCCCUCAUGGAGGAAUGGGGAAUCACCAAUAAGGUAACAUGUCUAGUUACUGAUGGUGCAGCUAACAUGAUUGCCUGUGGCAGGGAACUGAGGCUCCGCCACACUAUCUGCAUAGCGCACACACUGAACCUCAUUGUUAAAAAGGCUCUUGAACUGACCCCCGUGCUCUCUGACAUCCGGGCCAAGGCGAGGAAGCUGGUUGGAUACUUCAGAAGUAGCACCACUGCUAAGGAGAAGCUUGCACAGGUGCAACAAGAUAUGGGGAGGCCAAAACUGAAGCUUCUGCAAGAAGUUGACACCCGCUGGAACAGCACCUUCCACAUGCUGCACCGUCUGGUGGAGCUCAGAGAGCCAGUGGGGGCGGCUUUAGCCGGUCUACAAACCGACAUCCCCUCACUGACCUCAGAGGAGUACAACACUGUCAGUGGGUGCCUGUCAUUGCUGUCAUCAUUUAAUGAUGCCACUGUGGAGCUCUCAGCAGAGGAAAAGGUUUCCGGAUCAAAAGGUAGCAAACUGUGGCGUCACUUGGAUGACAGUGUCAUGCAUGCCAGGAGAAUCCAGAAUGUGACAGCAGAUGCCACGGUGGAGGUCCAGCGGUUCCUGUCGGAACCAAACAUCGGAUGA